AUGUCAACAAUUUCAUCAAUGAUGAUCGAAAAAAGACUAGCUGAUGUAUUCAACAGUGCAGGUGGGAGAAAAUCAAAUCAUGGAAAGUUUUGUCAGUCAUAUCAACCUGUGGUUCAUAAGCAAGACUUACUAUACUACAAUAUCAUUGAUUUCGAUUCAGAAAAUUCAGUAUUGAAUGAAGUAGAUUUAGCAAGGAUUGAGAAAAUCAAGCACGACACACAUAACAAAGCCAUUAAAAAAGAAUGGGGAGAGUCUUUUGUUAGCAAAACAAAAGUUGAUGGAUUGUUGUUUAUAUUAAAUAAUGAAAGUGUACUUACGACGGGUGCCGUUGUAGAGAUUUCUGGUCCUUGGUCCGUGUAUAACAAGAAUCAAACUCUACGGAAUUCAAGUCUGUUGCAAGCAGUUUUUUAUUUACAGUUUGCAAAUGAUAUGUCCAAAAUGCGAAUUUAUGAGCUUUCUGGUGCUCACUUUUUAAGAACUUUUAUCUUAUCCCCUAUCUUUAUUUCACGUUACCGCUCUUCACUUAAACAAGCCAGUAACACUAUCAAAAAUCUUGUUGAAGAACUAAACAGCUUUAGGGAGAAUAUUCAACGCCUUAUUGGAACAUGA